GGAAGUAAACGCUACACAGAGGAGCGUAGAAGAAGACUUCCCCCACGACUUUGGUGUUUAGCAGCAGCGUCUUUCCUGACCUUCCUGCAGCAGCGUGACAAACUGAAAGAUGGCUGGAAAGGCUUUUACAAACUGGUGGUCCUUGAUGAGCCCGUACUACACAAAGGCCUACCAGGAGAUGUGGGUGGGCAUGGGCAUCAUGACAUACCUGUACUACAAAGUGUCCUAUGGAGGCAAGAAGGCCGUGAAGGACAAGCCCGCCCAUUAAGUUUCCCACCAUGCUGACCAACCCUCAGAAACCCAGCUUCACCUUUGAAUUUUUUGUUAAUAUGGAACAAAUAAAGAUAAUAUCCAAA